AUGGCGGAUUUAUCGAGAGAAACGUCGUUGCCGAAAGAGAGAAGCAGCCCGCAAGCUCUCAUCCUCGGAAGAUACGAAAUGGGCAAGCUUCUCGGCCAUGGAACCUUCGCUAAGGUUUAUCUAGCUCGAAACGUGAAAUCAGGGGAAAGCGUCGCGAUCAAAGUAAUUGACAAGGAGAAAGUGCUCAAAGGCGGUUUAAUCGCUCACAUCAAACGCGAGAUCUCGAUUCUCCGCCGCGUGCGGCACCCGAACAUCGUGCAGCUCUUCGAAGUCAUGGCGACGAAAGCGAAGAUCUACUUCGUGAUGGAAUACGUUCGCGGAGGCGAGCUGUUCAACAAAGUAGCUAAAGGACGCCUCAAGGAAGAAGUCGCCCGCAAAUACUUCCAGCAAUUGAUCUCCGCCGUCACUUACUGCCACGCUCGUGGCGUCUACCACAGAGAUCUGAAGCCGGAGAAUCUCCUCCUGGACGAAAACGGUAAUCUCAAAGUCUCCGACUUUGGACUCAGCGCCGUCUCCGAUCAGAUGCGACAAGACGGGCUUUUCCACACGUUCUGCGGAACUCCGGCCUACGUUGCGCCGGAGGUUUUAGCGAGGAGGGGAUACGACGCCGCGAAAGUCGAUAUCUGGUCUUGUGGAGUCAUCUUGUUCGUGUUGAUGGCGGGUUACCUCCCGUUUCAUGAUCGGAACGUCAUGGCGAUGUACAAGAAGAUUUACAAAGGGGAAUUCAGGUGUCCGAGGUGGUUUUCGCCGGAGCUCACGAGGCUGUUGUCUCGGCUUCUGGAGACGAAUCCGGAGAAACGGUUUACUUUCCCUGAGAUCAUGGAGAAUUCUUGGUUUAAGAAAGGGUAUAAGCAUAUCAAGUUCUACGUUGAAGAUGAUAAGCUUUGCAAUGUUGUUGACGACGAUGAGCUGGAAACCGCUUCCGUUGAAUCGGAUCGGUCUUCGACGGUUUCCGAAUCGGAAAUCGAGUAUUUCGAGCCGAGGAGGAGAGUUGGAGGGUUGCCUAGACCGGCGAGUUUGAAUGCGUUCGAUAUCAUAUCGUUCUCUCAAGGGUUCGAUUUAUCGGGUUUGUUCGACGACGAUGGUGAAGGUUCUAGGUUUGUUUCAGGAGCUCCGGUUUCGAAGAUCAUAUCGAAGCUGGAAGAGAUUGCUAAAGUUGUGAGCUUCUCGGUGAGGAAGAAGGAUUGUAGGGUAAGUCUCGAAGGCUCAAGACAAGGAGUGAAAGGUCCGUUGACGAUUGCAGCAGAGAUUUUCGAGUUGACACCAUCGUUGGUCGUUGUCGAGGUUAAGAAGAAAGGAGGAGAUAAAACAGAGUAUGAAGAGUUUUGUAACAACGAGCUGAAACCCAAGUUGCAGAAUUUGACAGCUGAUGAAGUGGAAGAGCCUGUGGAGGUAUCAGCGGUUUACGAAACCGCAACCGCAAUCGCGGAGUCUCCACCGGUUUGUUUCUUGCCUUCUGACACUGAAUAG